CUGCCUGUUCCUAUGAGUACCGGUCUCACUCAUAAGACUAGGCCAUUUUCUCUCCUCAUUUUCAUCUGUACAGUAGCCAGUAGAUCUGACUACACCAGAAGGGCUCAGGAUGCUGCUGCAAACCGCCCUGCUGCUCUUAGUUCUGCACCGCCAUGUUGGGGCUACCACAGCUGAAGAACCAGGAGUCCCGCUCCCUCCUCCCAAGGGGACUUGUGAAGGUUGGAUGGCAGGCAUCCCAGGACAUCCUGGCCACAAUGGAACACCAGGCCGUGAUGGCAGAGAUGGUACUCCUGGUGAGAAGGGCGAGAAAGGAGAUGCAGGUCUUCUUGGUCCUAAGGGUGAGACAGGAGAUGUUGGGGGGACUGGAGCUGAAGGACCCCGAGGCUUUCCCGGAAUCCCUGGCAGGAAAGGCGAGCCUGGAGAAGGCGCUUAUGUGUAUCGCUCAGCAUUCAGCGUGGGGCUGGAGACCGGAGUCACUGUGCCCAGUGUUCCCAUUCGCUUUACUAAGAUCUUCUACAACCAACAGAAUCACUACGAUGCCAGCACUGGGAAAUUCUACUGCAACAUCCCCGGGCUCUACUACUUCUCCUACCACAUCACGGUGUACAUGAAGGACGUGAAGGUGGGCCUCUUCAAGAAGGACAAGGCUGUUCUCUUCACCUACGACCAGUACCAGGAAAAGAACGUGGACCAGGCUUCCGGCUCUGUGCUCCUCCACCUGGAGGUGGGCGACCAAGUCUGGCUCCAGGUGUAUGGGGAUGGGGAUCAUAACGGACUCUAUGCAGAUAAUGUCAAUGACUGUACCUUCACUGGCUUCCUCCUGUACCAUGAUACCAACUAACUCUGAGCUCCCAAUGACCUAAGUAUCCCAAGAAUCAAGGAACAGUCAACAGGCUUUCAGCAUAGUUUGAAAGAUUGAUUUUAUUAUUGAGUUUGAGGGUUCUAAAUAUUAUCCACAAGUGUACUCAUUCAUUCGUGAAAUGGCUUUAUUAAAAAAAAUCAUUUCAGUGUUCUUAGUUCAGGAAAAGAAGCAUCCCCUGGCCUCCACAAGUCUUACAUAGUAGCAAUAAUAGAAUAAAAAUAACAUUUAGGGGGGAGUUUCACAAUACUCUCACUGACUAUAAAGAAGUAGAUAAUGCUAUUUUGUGUUCACUGUCUCUCUUGAUGUUCACACAAAUCCUGUAAGGUAUACAUAUGUAUACCUUAUAUAUGUAUACAGUAUACAUAUGAAAUACAGUAUCUCCUCUUUUUACAGUUGGGGUCUUUAGGCUGAGUUUAUGAAUGUCUAAAGUCUUAAAUGUAUUAAAAUGGCAGAGAUAAAAGUGAAGGCCAGAGCAGAGUCUGUUUCCACGGGAAGUGUAGGUUAAAAGGGCCAGCUCUUACAAACGUUGUUACUUCUCUGCCUGGCUCCACUCCGGCAAAAGAAGAUCGUCACCCAAAUCUCAUUUGAGAGGUUUAUUGAGAGGGAAGAAUCCAGGAGCUGGAGGGGAGCAGAGUGGACCAGAACACUUUCAUUGGGGAAACCUUCCCCUAGAGGAGCAGAGUUGUUACACUCUGGGGGACUCGAGCAGAAGUGUUUCACUGGGGAAACCUUUCCCUGCUACGCUUACAGUGACUGUGGUAUUCCUUGGCUCCCAACUGCCAGGAUACCUUUCUAUCCAAGUUGCAUGGCUUAUAGGAAAGUACCAUUUUCCAAAACCACAUGCUUAUUCAGAGUGUUGGUAGAGGUCUCUUGUCCACCUCAUUUGGGGGUCUCAAAUUACAUCCAUCAGGAGCUCUUCUUGGUAGAGCUCUCUCAGAGAAGAUGGUUCUAUGUCCAGGUUCUAUUCCAGCUGGACGGACAAUCAUUGAGUCCUUCCCCACUCUGCCAUCUGCUUCUCUGCGUCUGUGCUCUGCCCUUCCUUCCAGCUAGGGAAAUCCCUUCCACCUCCACAUGUGGGUUGUUCCCUGUCCCUCAAGGCUGCUGGGAUAGGAGAUUUUCUGAUGUGAUCUCAUUCCAUGCCACUCUGUGUUUUUCCACAGAUGAAAGUCUCUGUGUGAGAUGUGUUCUCCUUAGCCUAGGAGCAAUUGCCGGUUAAAGCUCACCUCCCCAAGCUGGUUGGUGGUGGCGGUGGUGGUGCACACCUUUAAUUCUAGCAUUCAGGAGACAGAGGCAGGAGGAUUGCUGUGAGUUUGAGGCCAGCCUAGUUUACAAGAGCUAGUUCCAGGACAGGCUCCAAAACUACAGAGAAACGCUGUCUCCAAAAACCAAAGAAACAAAACAAAAUGAAACAAAAGCUGAGCUCCCCACCCCCGAAUCCUCCGAAGGUUCUUGACGAUUGCUUGAAAGUAAGCAGUCUCCUGAAUGCCAUUGUUGUAAGUGGAGACUGCACUUUUGGUUCCUGGCCACCCAGACUCAAAUAAUCACACAAAACUAUAUUAUU